GCGCGGCCCGCCGGGAGUUGUAGUGCGCGGCGGGGCCGGGGCGCUGUCACGCGCUCGACGCGGCCCCCCCGGACGGCGCCGUCCCUCCGCGCCGCGGCAGACGCAGCUCUGCACACCGCCGCCGACCCUCGGCAAGGUUUAUUCUCCGGCCGGCGAGUGCUGGGGAGAGCGGCAGCGCCGUCGCCUGAAUGCUGCCGGUCCCCGGUAACCUUCAGCUUCCCUUUCCGUUAACGGCAUUUGGUCUCCACCGGUGAUGCUCAGCCUGCGUCCGUGCUCUGGCUCCGAUUCCUUUGGAGAGCGGCCAAAAUCUCUGCGGUUUCGCCGUGUCGGUGGCCGGGAAGGGCGUCUCUUUAACAUUCGUUGGAGGAUGCGGUCCUCGCUGCUCCCGGCUGUGUAUUCGGCGUUUAUCAAAGCUCGGGUAACUCAGCGCCCCCCCGGGGAGGCGCACACACGAAGGGUCAGACUGUAUGUGGAGGGCGGCGCCGGCGGCGCGCACCCUGCUUCGACCUCGCCAUGAAAUAGGCGUCCCGCUCCCGCUGACGGGAGGCUCUUUGGUAUCUGUACGCACGGCGCGAGGUUAAGGAACAGCGGUUGGGGUGUUGGUCCGACCAGUUUAUUGCAGAUCUUAAUCAGGGAGAUGGGGAAAGGGGAGAAGGGCACUGAUGCGGGUGGGGGCGAUGGGGGAGGGAAGAAGGGCGGCAGCAAAGACGGGAAAUAGGAGCAAGGAGUCUCUAUAGGAAGCAAGAGGGGGACGGUCACCGCCGUGGCUCCAGCGCGGUUCGUGGUUCGGUCGUUGGUCUUCAGCAGUGGUGGGUCGUUGGGCGGCGGGGUUCCGUUGGUGGCGGCACAAAGUGGUUCAUGAGCCCAAAGCCGUCGAGUCGGCCCUCCUCGGAGCGGCAGCGUCCGGCUCCGGGAUCUCAGCAGAAACUCCUUUGUUCCCAUCUUCCUGGCCUUGCCAGCAGAGCGGAGGGCGCAGGGAUGCCCGACAGCAUCCUAUUUGCCACAGGGCACCGUGCUGUCGUUCCCCAGUUACCCCGCACCGAGCUGGGGCUGUUUCGUCACAGGGUGAACUUUGCGCCGGUAACCGCUCCUGAGCGCUUCCUUCCGGACGCGAACAGCUCCACAGGGGUGCUUUCAAACGUGAAACGGUGGUCCACGCAGCGAUGCUGACUGCCGCACGGCAACACCCACCUCACACCCAAGUCAGAGCCUCAGCGCGAGGACUGCCUCCGAAAGCCGGCUUUGAGCCGAAGGACAGAGGGUUCCUACAGCGAGCAGCGGUGGCGGGGACGGGGACGGGGCGCCCGGAGGUCCCCUCGAGCUGCGGAACGGCACUCAGCCUCACAUGAGUCUGCAUAGAAGGUGCUUUAUGUAAGGCGGACACACGGGGGGGGGGGGGGUCGCACCCCCCCAACUGCGGCACGAGCGGCUCUCAGGCAGCCCUAUUUAUGCCACACGAUGUGCACGCUCAUAGUUCGGCCAAGCAUGUCAUGGUAACUCAUUCCAGACAGCGGGUCGUGCUAUGCUGGCUGACUCCGCGAAUGGUUUCCUGUUUCUCAGUCCUCUGAGUCUUUUUGAAUACGAUUUCCUUUGUGCUCAUUGGUCUGGGUUCUUAUUGGAAGGCUUCAGACCUGCAACCCCACAGGCCCCCUCCUUCACACCGUGCUGCUGCUAAGAAAAGCCUUGCCCCUUUCCACCAAACCCCUCCCAGGUGCAUCCUAUUCCUAGUAAAGAAGUCCUUGAACUCCGCCUCUGAACUCCCCUGCAGGGCCAUGCGGAUCCUGACGUGCCCGGCCCACCUGCAGCGCCUGGAGGCCGCCCUGCGCAGCAGCCUGCCUGACGCCCUGCCGGUGUAUGGGGCCGUGCUGAACAUCAACCGCGGCAACCCCGGGGACUUCGAGGUGGCAGUGGACGCCUGGCCCAACUUCGGCGCUGUGCUGGCGCGGCGCAGAGGAGAGGCACCGCUGAAUGACAGCUACAGGAACCUGUGCAGCGCCUUCUACCGGGACGUGGGCGCCUACCGGGCCCUGCUGGAGAGCCCGGGCUGCCUGCGCUGGGACUCCGCGUUCCACAUCCUCGGGCUGCAGGACGGCGUGCUGACGGUGUCUCAGGACAUUGCUCUGGCCAAGGGCGUGGAGCUGGAGGUGACCGAGUACUACACGUACCUGCACCCUGACCCCAGCACUCUACCAGAGCCACAGCUGGACCCUGAUGUGCAGCUGGGCACACUGAGCCCGGCACACGUGGAGCUGCUGAACUCAACGUGGCCGUACGGGGGGAACGUGUGGAGCCGGCGCUACCUGGGGGAGCUGCUGCGCCGAUUCCCACACCUCUGCCUGCAGGACCCGGCCGGGAAUCUGCUGGGCUGGAUGCUGACCAACGGCUUCGCAGCGGGGACGCACGGCUACAUCGUGCCGACCCAGCGGCGCCGCGGACUGAUGCGGGCGCUGACGAUCAUGGCUGCCCGGCAGGCGCACGGCCGCGGCUUCCCGGUGUACGGCCACACGGCCACGGAUAACCGAGCGAUGCAGCGGCUGCUGGAGGAGUUGGGGCACCGGCGGCUGCCGGGGCUGUGCUACUUCGUGCUGUAUAACCCUGCCCUGGCGCGGGCUGCGCCCGGAGCGCCCCCGGGGAGUAACGCGUGAAUAAAAGCAAUCGGACCGAAAAGA